AUGCUGACAUAGAAAACAGUCCACACGGAUUGCAAUAUAAAGUUUUUCUUGAUGUGAUGUUCUACACAUGAAGAAGAGGAAGGGGAAAUCUGAGAAGUAUGAAGAAAACUGAUUUUGUUUUGAGAACAGAUGGCCAAGGAAGGAGGUAUUAUCUUAAUGUCGCUCAGUAUGAAACCAAAAAUCACAGAGGAAGUGACAUGAAUGACUAUGAUGCAUCUUCAGCAAGAAUAUAUGAAAUACCAGGUGAUGAGAAGUGUCCAGUGUCUAGUCUGGAGAAAUACCUCGGAAAGCUGAAUCCAAAUUGUGAAAGUUUUUUGGCAGAGACCGAAGCGCCAUAUCAACGAUUCAGAUGCUGUUUGGUAUGACAAUUCUCCAGUAGGUCAUAAUACUUUGGGAAAUUUUAUGAAAACAAUAUCUAUGAAAGCCGAACUCUCAACUCUGUAUACAAACCACUGCAUACGUGCCACGUGUAUUACUAGUUUGGAUCAGCGUGGGAAAGAAGUUCGACACAUCAUGUCUGUCAGUGGACAUAAGUCCGAAACUUCCAUAAAAUGCUAUUCAAGAUGUGUAAGUGAAACAAAAAAGCAAGAAAUGUUUGAUGUAUUGUCAUCUGUGGUUUACCCAUCAACAAAGCUAGGGCUAGAAAACCCAGUUGUUCCAACAAAUUCUUGUACCAGUACUUCAGAAAGUCAGCUCUUAAAGUUGAAUAACUGUGAAUUUGAAACUGUCAGUAUCAAACAAUUGCUAUCUGAAGUCCUACAUGAUGAAAAUGGUUCAGAUUUGUUUGCAAAUGUUCCAGAAGAAAAGGAGAAUGUUAAAGUUGACCAAACGCCUCAGAACUCUUGUGGCCCAUAAUUCAAAAAUGUUGGUCAAGUGCACAUUCACUAUUACAUGGGAAAAGAACAACAAAAGUAAAGAUACUGUAAAGUUCUUUAUUGGACUCUGUAAAUGAUUUAAUGAUUCUAAGAUGUGUUUUUUUCACUUUUCAAUUGAACAUUCAAAUUCAAAUUUA